AUGGAUCCCGAAGAACUGGCGGCGCGGUCGAAGCCCCCUUCACUACAUGGUCUCAGCCUCGCUGAAAAGUUGCCCCGUGAACUCGUGUACAUGGUGCUUGGACAGCUGCCUCUCGUUAAGAUCCUCCAAAUCCUCUCCCACAAGAACCAGUACCUUGACGAGUGUGUUUUCGGCCAAUUGGAAUGGCAGUUUUUGUUCAGUUCACCAGCAGAUAUCUCGCGUGUAAGAGAUCUUUUCAUUCUCUACUGCGAGAUACGGCGAUUUACACGAAAGCCUCUGACGGCCGAUUUCUCCGAACUUGGCCAGGGCCACACACGGCUUGUUCGUUGGUUUGCAACUUCAUCAUACUCGGCGGAGCAACUCAAACAGAAGCUUAUCCAGCAGAUCGAUGGCGAUUUGACUUUUAACCCCGUGGAUGAAGCUCUAUUGCGUAUUGGUGUUACGAGUGACUACCCGGCACAUGGAACCGAAUCAAGUCUCUCGACUCGAUACCACCGGGUCAGAGAAGCCAGUCCGAAGGACGAAAAUCUCCCGAUUUCAAAUACCACGACUAACUACACAGCACAUGCGGAUGAUUCAAACCUCUGGGCUCGAUGGGACUGGGUCAAGGAAGCCAAGCUGAAGUUGAAUGCUACAAAAGCUCGACAGCUAGCUAUUGCAGCUGGUCUGAUGUCGAGAUUCCCAGAGAAAUUGAUGCUAAAGAAACCCAGAGAUCCGUUGCAAGGUCCAAGGGAGAACCUGGCUCACAUUGAAUAUGGCUUCCGAAGACGUGCGGAGAAGAUUUCCCGUGACAGAAGGAUUCAUCAUCAGCUCACUCGCGGGUGCUAUCCUGGGGUUGACAACAUUGAGCUAGUACCGUACGAUCGAUGCCUGUGGACGUUUUUGGAGUCUCUAGAGAAACAUCCUCCUGGGAAUGUUGACGUGGGUUUCCUAAACACCCCUCAAAACAUGUCGCUCAGCGAGGAAGCCGGGCAGGUUGUGGAUUCGAGGAGCCAAGUGGCCGGACCCGGCGAGGAGCUGUGUGGGCCGUUUCGAUAUCCGGAAGAUAUCGCUACCUCCAUCGAAGUAGUGAUGGACGGUCUGAUGUAUGUCUACACCGGUUCUCCUUUAUUAGUCGUUCCGCGCAUACAGUGGUCGCCCACCUCAGCCUGUGGAUCGUCAUUGGGCGAAACGAAGCCACGAUUUUUCAUAAACCAGGAACCCCAUUCCGAUUGCCUGCCUGGGAAUUUGCAUCGGUGUCCUUUGCGGAAAAUCAUGCCGUAUGAUGAGCGGGAAUACGAGUGGUUGGAGGCGUUCUUGAAGGUUGUCUCGUGGAUGGAGAAGAAACUGGGGCAUUGA